GCAACCGCCGCGUUCAAGGCAAACUUAGUGUAGCAAGCAGCUCGCAGAUUCAGAUUGAGAAAAAGCACGUCGUGCGUCGCUGGGCUUGCGUGCAAAGGAAACCUCAGCGCCCCUCAGCGCCCUCGAUUUGAAUCGACCACAAAGAUAGCUGCAGAAUCAAAUAACCGACUGUGCGGCUUCUCGAAAUCCAAGCCCGCACGUUCAAGGAUAGACAAGUCCAACGACCCAAAUGACGCGUUCUUUGGCGCAUCACUAGCUCGCCGUCGCCUCAAUCUUGAUGCGCCCGACAAUCUGAAACCCGACGAUCGCGCAACAAUGGCGACCAUGGCCAUAACCGGGCAGCAGACGCAAAAGCGACGUCCGUCAUACGACGACGAGGAUAUGCCCAUGGCGAAGAGAGCGCGCACCGAUUCCUCCCCGCAUCCAGUCGACCAGUCGAUCCCAGACUUUCGCAAACUUUUCCAAGCUCAGGAAAAUGAGCCCGCGCCGAGCAACGACACCAAGACGGCUGCUGUUGGUGACGGUCGCCUCCCCACCAUGGAGGAGCAGGCCCGCAGCGGACUGCGUCGCAGCAUUGCGCUGGUGCUGAAGGAGGUUGGCUUUGAUAGCACGUCUGAACCGGCCCUCGAGAGGUUGACGGAGAUGACAGAAGAAUACCUCACGGAGUUGACGCAAGAAGUUAGGCUGUUCGCCCUCGCCUCUAGGCGGACACAGCCCAUACCAACAGACUACGAGAUAAGCCUAAAGCGCUUCAACCUGGGCACCUCACUGCUCAGGCCACAUCUACGGCACCCGAUCGCCAAGAAGAAGAAGCGACAUUUGCUGGAGCCGAAAUUCACGACGCCGGCCGCGGCCGCCACCGAUGGACCGUUGGAUGGCUUGCCUCUGCUCGGCGAGGAGCUAAGCGGCAAGGCAGAGAAGGAAUCCAAGAGCUAUAUUCCAGCAUCUUUCCCGGACUUUCCCAGCAUCCAUACGUAUAAAUCCACACCACAGGACGUCGACGAGGUCACGGUUAGAGGCACGGGGCUGAGGCUACCCAACGGCGAGCCAGUCAAGGACACUUUGGCGCCCGAGGAGCCGUACGCGGGCGAGGCGCCACCGAGGGCCGAUCCUAGGCGGAUGCGCGAGGCCUCGGCCCGAGAGUCCAAGUUGGCCGAGGAGGCACUGCGCGGGGUUGUGCGGGCUAGCAAGAUCAACACGCUCAAGGAGGCGAGGUUGGCGGCUCAGCGGAGCAGGAUGAGCCGAAAUCGUUACGACUUUUGGGAGGAGAGCAUGCGAGACUUGGUCGAGGAUGCGUGCGGCAGCAGGAAGAGCAGUGAAGAUGGUGGUAAUGACGGUGAAGGUUUUGCAUCUACUGCUCUCGCUGCUCCUGCUCGGGGGAGCACAGCUGCCAGGAGCGAGAUUGCAGAUCACAGCAUGAUUGUCAAUGCCCACAAGGUUGGGCAUCGACAGGAGGUUUCGAGGGGUGGAAAGAGGGCUGCCAAAGAUGCCGUGACCAAGUGAAGUCGCAAGCAUCUUUCUCCCGGGGACACAACCAUAUCUGGUUCCCCUCUGGUCGUUGAUUACAAGAUCCUUUGUGGCUUCUCAGAACAUUUCAUAUUCCUUCAUACCCUCAGUUCUCGACAUCAAGAAAUUCGGCUGGCUUGGUCUGCAGAGUUCUGCAUCAAGGUCACGGGCACAUGGCAUUUGGCAAGGAGUUUUUGGCGCACGAUGUAUUAUUGGGUUUGCAUAAUUGUAUGGGUACCUACUUAGUGAAGGAACCUGCAAGCAAAGGGCAGCAGGAUUCCGCGGUUGAGCAUUAAACAAUGAUAUCCACUUCACUUCACCUGCAUUUCCAUUUGAAGGAAUUUACUGAGGAACUGCCUUGUUUGCCAUUUGU